CCCAAAGAGAGUGGCUACCUCUCCUGUCUGGUUUGAUCUGAGCAGUCCUUUGUUAUUUGUCGAGCUGGGACAUUGUCUUUUGUCUUUGUCCGUCAAUGUAACCACCCCGUUGCAUGAAAUAUUACACAUUUGCAUUUAUAUUCGUAGUAAUCACCAGCUGUGGCAAGAUAUACUGUCAGCAUGUCCCGCAGCCUAUAAUAAUACUGCGGAAUAAAAAAGUAGCGGAACUGAGGUCACGCGGCGCACUGUCCCUCUUCGGACUGUUUACAAAGACGGACACGUUUUUUUGCGAACAUGGCGUCGGUUUAUGUUUUGUGACUUUAUUUGAAUUGCGAUUUACAGGCACUAUUUUCUAAUGUUAAGUUUUAUUUCAUGAACGAUGGUUGAUAAUUAUGGCCGGGGACGAACUUGCUGCGUUCAGGGAGAGUUGGAAACAAGAGUUAACGAGUAAGGGGGAGCAACGACUUGUUGCUGCAACCUCUGGGGAUACCUCUGGUCAGUGUGACAAGAAAGACUUGAAAAAUAGGUAUUUUGAAGAUUUUAAUGAUCUCAACAAUACCGGCAGUCCUUCGGUUCCAGAAGAGAGCGGCUGCAAUGAGGAGGAAGGGGGGAGCGUCGGUGGCAGAGGAGAAGGAGAAGCUGCGGCAGAGUCACAGGAUCAGCCUGAGUAUGUGUCCAUUGCCCGCAGUUUGCUGGACGGGAGGACCAGUCCUUUGUUGGACAGGAUUCAGGAGGAGAGAACAAAAAGGAAGAGACAGUAUCACUCCAGGACCAAUGUGUGCUACGCCUCCUUACAACAGCAGCCUCAGGGAAAGGUCAAGAAAGAAGAAGAGCUGGUGGAUCAGCUCAUUCAGGAUCUGAAUGAAGUCAACGACAUUCCUUUCUUUGAUAUCGAGCUACCGUACGAGUUAGCCUUAAAGAUUUUCCAGUAUCUGGACUGCACUGAGCUGGGCCGAUGUGCACAGGUGAGCAGAGCAUGGAGAGUCCUAGCAGAAGAUUGUGUUCUGUGGUUCAAGAUUUGCUCAAGGGAGGGUUAUCUCCAGGAUGCCAGUGUGUCCGACUCCCCCUGCUGGAAGAGCACGCUGCGAGAUUGCAGGAACUCAGCCAAAACUGUGCGGUCCAACUGGAAGAAUCGUGUUGGAUCCAUCAGCCAGCUGCAGUACGAGCUGGGGAAGGUGCUGUGUGAUGUCAGCUCUUUUGACCACUUUGUCUUGGCUGGGUACACCUCUGGUGAUGUGAGGCUGUGGGAUACACUGCACUGGGACGCAAAAGCCUCGUACCUAAAGCCCAACGGCCUAUCAGCAAACAUGGACCCCAGACCACAUGCUUGUCACGUCCAAGUCAACAGCACAGUGGCUGCUGCAGCUUAUGAUGAUGGCUGUGUGGACCUGUGGAGCACAGAGACAGGUGGGGAGCCCAUCCACCACUACCAGAUACCAGGAAGGAUCCAGGCCUUUGCCCUGAGCCCCGACAGUCCCGUGCUGUGUGCUGCCUCUGGGCCUGACAUUCGCCUCGACUGUGCCGAUGAUCGUGGCUACUGGAGGACACUUUGCCAGGCUCAGCUACCCAAGACUGUAGAGAGCCUGGUGUUGGUGCCAGGUAGGGGACAGUGCCCGCUGGUGGCUGUGGCAGCAGGAGACGCCGUGCACCUGCUGGACCCGCGAGAAGAUGAACCAGGGCUGCUGCACUCUGUCUACGGCCAUCCUGUUACUUGUCUGGAUUCUUCCAACUCGCACGUUGCUCUUGGGGUAAAGAGUGCAGGCUGGGCAAUGCACGACGGAGGAAACAAGAUCCAUGUCUACAGCUUAGAGACAAGAAAACCUGUGGCAUGCCUCGGCAGCUCACCGGGAGAUUUCACCUGCAUCAACCUGAGGGACAGCCCUCCACACCUGCUUGUAUGUGGAAACAAGGACAGGAGGGUGAGAGUGUUUGACCUUCGAACCGGCUCCUCUGUGGCGUCUCUGUACGCUCACCACCUGGGCGUGACGUCGGUGCAGGUGGACGACUGGAAGAUCGUGAGUGGCGGAGGCGAAGGAUUGGUGUGUGUGUGGGAGUUGAGGAUGGGCACUAAGCUGUGGGAGAUGCACAACAGGCAUCCUGUUCGGCAUGUACACUUCAACAACAACACCCUGGUAACAGCCAACAUCCCGGAUGAUAAGGCACCACGGGGGGCCUGCAUCACAGAUGACGACCUCACCGCUCACCGCAGACACAGAGGAGUCAUCUGCCAUUACGACUUCUCUGAGGACGCGCUGUCACAGGAUCACGUCCUGCCCAUCUGCAGGUCCGACUUCGCCGAGUCGUACGGCUACAACUACAACAUUAGCCUGGCAGUGCCGUACGACAGGCUGCCCGGCUCUCAUCCAUCACACUGAGAACAGUCUCACCGGUAAAUUUGAUUAAUUAUCCAAGCUGUAUCUUCUUUAUUUUUUAUUUUUUGGUGAAUGUAAUAUUUAUAGACUAGAUUUUUAAUAAGGAAAAAUAAGGACGCCAAAUCUAUAUAUUAUAGGUUUGGUUUCCUGGAUUUUAAUCAAUGCUGAUGUACAACAUCCAUUAAAAAAACAAAACACCUCAA